AUGUCUAAACCGGUAAUUUUCACUAUGAAAGAAUUUGUCAAUUCGGAAAUUGCUAAAAUAACUGCGGAGCAUGAAAAAAUCAUUUUGGGAUGGAAAAACGUUGAAUUAACAGAAGAAAACACAACACAUCUCUAUAACCUUUUCAAAAAGUGCAAAAAACCAGAGAUACGGAUUUUUGAAGAUAAUAAUUUUUUGGGUGAUGCUGAAACAGUGGAGACCUACGAGUUGAUUACCAAAAAAUUAGUACGAGUAGAUAAGAAGAGCAACGAGUCAGAGAUCGGCAAAGGACAAGUGGAGACCAACAAACCAACAAAGAGCCAGUGUAAGAAGAAACAGAAGAAGAAAAAAGGCGCUGAGAGCUCUACAUCUACUUUGAAUUCAGCCAAUGAACCUGAAGCCAAAGCUGAAUGCACUGCCCUCAUCUCAAAUAAUCGUGCAAACUCGGAAAAUACAAAUGAAACUACUGAUGAAAAACAAGACGAAGCUUCCCAUUCUUCACCUCCACCAAAUGCAGAUGAGGUCAUUUUCAAAGCUCCAUUAAUCCCAAAAUCAAAAAGCGGCAAAAAAUCGAGAGAUGAAAUCGAAGAAUACGCCGAACACCAUUCUGAGGAAAUGUGCUCAAUCACAACAUAUCUUUCAGAAAUUUCCCCGGUUUCCACUGGUACUGAGAAUCCUGAGCCCAAAAAGAAAAUCAAAAAUCCGUUCGACAAUGACGAUUUGUUCAUUGAGCCACUUUUAAGCAGCACUCCUAACACAAAACCGACUGAAGAAGAAGAGGAGCUCAUGGUAGCAUUAGGCAAUAAGUAUAUCAGUCAGGAGUCAACUAAACUGAGAAACAGUUUACGAAGAUUAGCAAGUGAUAUUUCAACGGAAGAAGAGCUGAUAAGAACUCGGAUGGAAUCGGGAGAGUCUGCAACUGUGCAUGACAGUGUAUUGCAGGAUUUCAUCAGUAGAGCUAAUACAGUUCUGAAAGAAACAGAAGCAGUUACUGUACGAAAGAUAGCGGAGGCUGAGACCAAGAAGUUUUUAGCAUCAAUAAAUGUCCCUGCUGGUGAUACUCUGGAAACAAUUUCAAAUGAACUGAUGCAUGACAUUUGGCCGAAGUCGAACAGAUGGAGAAGUUUCGCUCGGGUUGAAAAUUAUAUACCUGUUACACUCGACGAGGAAGAACUGAAAAAUAGGAAGAAACAGGAAGAACUGGUUGAACGAGAUGUGAAAACUGCCAUCAAAUCGGCGGGCGAGUCGUUGAACAAGCGACAAAUUUCUCAGAUAAGGAAAGCAGCGGUUACUUACCGGGAAUUUGAUGCCAAGGAAGAAAAAGAACUGGAGUACCGGAACAGCAACACUUUGAAACUUGUUCAACUGGUAUCUGAAUAUGAAGUCGUUCACAAAAUGGAUGAGUUCAUUCUACUCCGACUUGGCAUUGCGUUCUGUACAAAACGUCGCGAUUACUAUCUCAGGGUUCGCCCACCAAACUUCAUGCAAUUUUCGUACAUGUACAUUUUCUUUUUGGAGAAAAUCAAUUCGGAUUCUGCUUCAUUGUGUGCGUGUCUAAAUUACCUAUGCAACAAUAGCACGGAUUUUCUAGAAAUUGAGGAGGUGCUCCUAAACCUGUUUCACGAAGAUUAUUUUCUCGAGAUGGACUUAUAA